AUGUCCAGUGCUUAUCUGGGCAUCAAAGUCGUCAUCCUCUGCCUCUUUUGGUACGUGACUAGCGCGGCGAACAAUGUCGUCGGGAAGCUGGUUCUGCAGUCCUUUGCGUACCCUACCACGGUGACGCUGGUUCAGUUCCUCUCCAUCACCCUCUACUCCAUACCGGCCUUGCGAUGUCUGCCCAGUGCUCGGCGAAUACCGCACAUCUCCUGGGGCUACUACUUCAUGCUGAUCAUUCCACUGGCUUUCGGCAAGUUCUUCGCCUCGGUAGCCUCUCACGUCAGCCUAGGCGCAGUGCCGGUGUCCUACGCCCACACAGUUAAAGCGUCCAUGCCUCUCUUUGUCGUCCUCCUGUCCAGGUGUCUGUUCGGAGAGAAGCAAACUACCAAGGUCUAUCUUUCUUUGAUUCCAAUCAUUCUCGGCGUUGCCAUCUCCUCUGUGACCGAGCUUGAGUUCAACAUUUUAGGAUUAACAUCAGCAUUAUUUUCCAUUUUUGUAUUUUCAUUACAAAACAUAUAUUCCAAAAAGGUUCUAAAGGACACCUCAAUUCAUCAUCUUCGCUUGUUGCAUGUUCUAGCAAAGCAUGCCUUGAUAAUGUUCAUUCCCUUUUGGGUGUACCAUGAUCUGUUGGACAUUCUCUACGGCCAGCGAAACUCCAGUCUUGACGGCUGGGUCAUUGGCGGCCUUCUUUUCGUCGAUGGGUUGUGCAAUUUUUUCCAAAACGUCGUUGCCUUCACCGUACUUUCCUUAGUCACUCCACUAACCUAUUCAGUGUGCAAUGCUUCCAAGAGAAUAGCCGUAAUUACUUGCUCCAUUUUGAUGCUAAAGAACCCAGUGACUCCGGCAAACAUAUUCGGCAUGGGCCUUGCCAUUUUCGGCGUUUUCUUCUACAACAAGGCAAAAAUCGAUGCAAGAAACGAGCCCAUACUGCCGACAAAAACCACCAAGGCUAUCACUGUUAGCAAAGGAAAGAUAAAUGGAAUCCCGCGCAAUAAGUCUGAUGAGACGAACCUCCUCCUGAGAUUCGUCGACAGCAAUGACCACAUUUCCAAUGCAAUAGUGGCGCCCAAGUCUCUGUCGCCUUACGCCUCUUCCUCCUACACUCCCAGCUUCUACUCUGAGCCCAAUGGAAAGAGCAGGCAUGAACCGUACAACAGCGGCAAUCACUACCGAGGCCACCGAAGUGCACAGUACAGCUCGUUGAAUGGCGACGCGCAAAACUACACCAGACUAGACAUGAUGGACGUCUGA